UUCUCGUUCAUCUGCAGGGCUACAGGGAACAGGCAGUUCUGUUUUGACGGCUACUGAUCAAGACUGAAUCAGGGGUCAGAGCAGAAACUAUUUUUCCAGGAAUAAGGGUGGAACACUUUAACUGGAUUUGUUACAUAAAAAAAAUCCACAAUGGGUACUUGGAUAAGAAUCAUAUUCAGUUUACAGUUAAUUUUACAACUCUUUGAUACAGUGAAAACACAAGGAAUUGUUUAUGAUCUUCUGGUGUCACCGGAUUGCUUACCUGACCUUCUGCAAGGAGGAAUACAGGCAAAGAACAUGGACAACGUUUUUAUCCUGGCAGGCCUGCAGCUGCAGAACAAAGCUCCAACUCGGGUCUUCCACAUCUUCAAUGCCCUAGACAACACAGAUUAUUUUCAUUUCACCGUUCAGGGGAAAUUCAACAAAGUCGUUUUGAAAUAUCUGAAAAGCAACGGAAAGGUUGGAUCAACCAAUUUUGGUAAAGUGCCACUGACAGAUGGUCAACAACACCAUAUACUGCUCCACUUCAGCGGGCUGCAGCAGGGCACCCCCACCACGGCCCUCUAUGUGGACUGCAGGCUGGUGGAGAGAGUGCAGGACGUGCCGCUGGCAUUCAAAUCACUGCCGCAGGGCCCAAAACGAGUCACGCUCAAGACCUUGCCAACCUCAUCCCAGGACAAGUUGACAGACCUCAAACUCGUGCUUGAUGAGUCUAUUAAUAAUGUGGUAGAGCUUCAGGACUGCAAUGCUCCAGAGCAGGGUGAACAGAGGGAAACACUGCAGCUACUAGGAACAACUUCAAAAAUGGAAGCUGGCCCAAUGUUCGAGCUCAUGCGAAUGAUCCAAGAGUUGAAACAGAAGGUCGAUCAGCAGACCAAAGAAACCGCUGACUUGCGAAAGACUAUCAUGGAGUGUGUUCAAUGCAAUGAUGCGUUUGGAUGGGACAAAGCAGGACUACAGGAUAAAAAGCAGUCCAAGUGCAGGCCAGGGGUCUGUUUUAAGCCAGACAUGUGUAUCGAAACAGCUGAAGGUGUGGAAUGUGCACCCUGUCCUGAGGGCUACUCUGGAGAUGGUGUCCAAUGUGAUGAUGUAGAUGAGUGCCAGUUCAACCCAUGUUUCUCUGGUGUUCGGUGUAUUAACACUGCACCAGGGUUCAGAUGUGAGAAGUGUCCACGAGGCUUCACUGGUCCAGAGAUCCAGGGUGUGGGCGUUCACUAUGCUCAGACAAACAAACAAAUAUGUAAUGAUAUUGAUGAGUGCCAGGUAGAUAACGGUGGCUGCACUCCCAAUUCAUACUGCCAUAACACAGUGGGUGCGUUUCACUGUGGGAUCUGCAAGACUGGAUUCACAGGUGACCAGAAUAGCGGCUGCAUAAGUACUGGCCUGGACCCUGCUCCUCUAACUGACAGGCUGUGUGGGAACGGCCAGCCAAAUCCAUGUGACGUCAACGCAGAGUGUGUUGUGGAGAGAGAUGGGAGCAUCAGCUGUGCGUGCAAAAUUGGCUGGGCAGGAAAUGGCUACGUCUGUGGAAAGGACACAGACAUUGACGCUUAUCCAGAUAAGAAACUUCAGUGCAGAGAUGGAACCUGCAAGAAGGAUAACUGCAUGUUUGUUCCAAACUCGGGCCAAGAAGACACAGACAGAGAUGGGAAGGGAGAUGCCUGUGAUGAGGAUGCAGACAGUGAUGGCAUCUUCAAUGAUCAGGACAACUGCUGGUUGGUUCCUAACAUAGACCAGAAGAACAGUGAUAAAGAUCUCCAUGGUGAUGCUUGUGAUAAUUGCGUAAACGUGGAGAACCCGGACCAGCGGGACACAGACAAAGACGGACUGGGAGAUGCCUGUGAUGAUGACAUAGACGGGGAUGGUUUGAAGAACAUCCUGGAUAACUGUCAGAGGGUUCCCAACCCUGACCAGAAGGACAAAGAUAAUGACGGUGUUGGUGAUGCAUGUGACAGCUGCCCUGAGGUGCCAAACCCCAACCAGUCUGAUGUUGACGAUGAUCUUGUUGGAGACACUUGUGACACAAACAUUGACAGUGAUGGAGAUGGUCAUCAGAACACCAAAGACAACUGCCCCAACAUCAUCAACAGCGCACAGCUGGACACUGAUAAGGACGGACUUGGAGACGAGUGUGAUGAUGACGAUGAUAAUGAUGGCAUUUUGGAUGAUAAAGAUAAUUGUAGACUGGUGUCAAACCCAGACCAAAAGGAUGAAAACAAUGAUGGGGUGGGUGAUGACUGCGCUGGAGACUUUGACAAAGAUCAUGUGAUAGACAGAAUCGACACCUGCCCUGAGAAUGCAGAGAUCACUUUGACUGACUUCAGAGCCUAUCAGACCGUGGUUCUGGAUCCAGAGGGAGAGGCUCAGAUCGACCCCAACUGGGUUGUUCUUAAUCAGGGAAUGGAGAUUGUCCAAACCAUGAAUAGUGACCCAGGACUAGCUGUUGGGUACACAGCAUUCAGUGGCGUGGACUUUGAGGGCACCUUCCACGUGAAUACAGUGACCGAUGAUGACUAUGCAGGCUUCAUCUUCGGCUACCAGGAUUCCUCCAGCUUCUAUGUGGUGAUGUGGAAGCAGACGGAGCAGACGUACUGGCAGGCCGUGCCCUUCAGAGCCGUGGCUGAGCCUGGCAUUCAGCUUAAGGCUGUGAAGUCUAAAACCGGGCCAGGGGAGUUCCUGAGGAAUUCUCUGUGGCACACUGGAGACACAAAUGAUCAAGUGCGCAUGCUGUGGAAAGACCCUCGUAAUGUGGGCUGGAAGGACAAGGUGUCCUACCGCUGGAAUCUGAUGCACAGACCCCAAGUGGGAUACAUCAGGUCAGACGCCGCAAAAUACUGGAGAAUUCAGACUUUACUGGAUUUGGAUGGAGCAUCAGAAGUGCUGCAUUAUGUCUAA